AUGGCUCACAACUACUUUGAAAAGGAGUACCUAUGUAAGGAGGACCUAUGUAAGGAGUACCUAUGUAAGGAGGACCUAUGUAAGGAGGACCUAUGUAAGGAGGACCUAUGUAAGGAGGACCUAUGUAAGGAGGACCUAUGUAAGGAGGACCUAUGUAAGGAGUGCCUAUGUAAGGAGUAUCUAUGUAAGGAGGACCUAUGUAAGGAGUAUCUAUGUAAGGAGGACCUAUGUAAGGAGUGCCUAUGUAAGGAGUAUCUAUGUAAGGAGGACCUAUGUAAGGAGUACCUAUGUAAGGAGGACCUAUGUAAGGAGUGCCUAUGUAAGGAGUAUCUAUGUAAGGAGGACCUAUGUAAGGAGUACGUAAGUAAGGAGGACCUAUGUAAGGAGUACCUAUGUAAGGAGGACCUAUGUAAGGAGUACCUAUGUAAGGAGUAUCUAUGUAAGGAGGACCUAUGUAAGGAGGACCUAUGUGCUCAGGAGUGUGAGGAACCAGUAAAGGUUGAGCACAGGACUUCCCAGCCAACGUGGGCAACAGAGUGA